AUGAACAAAGCUCACCCUCCCAAGGUGAAAAAAUUUAUGGACAAGAAGUUAUCAUUGAAAUUAAAUGGUGAGGCCAGACAUGUCCAAGGAAUAUUGCAGGGAUUUGAUCCCUUUAUUAAUCUUGUGAUAGAUGAAUGUGUGGAGAUGGCAACUAACAGGCAACGGAACAAUAUCGGAAUGGUGGUAAUGUGA